UGACCACGUGACUUGACAUCAACUUGUUAUCUGCAUUGCGACAGUGUCUGAUUAGGACCAAGGUGCAGGGUACUUGACCCGGAAGUUGUCAUCAGAAGGCGGAUACCGGGGUAUAAACACCAUCACCACCUCCACCGUCUCAACAAGCGUCGUCGCAACAUCCCUCCUCUCGUGGAAUCAUGGCACUAGUUGGUUCCUGGCAGCAUGGUCUGUUCGGCUGUUUUGACAACUUUGGAACUUGCAUCGUCACGUACCUGGUACCAUGCUACACAUUCGGUAAGAACGCCGAGGCCGUUGGGGACAGCUGCUUUCUAUGCGGGGCCGCCUACUUCGUCCCUGGCCUCAACCUGUUCGCUUUGCUCUCUGUCAGGGGUAAGAUCAGAGAGCGGAAGGGCAUAGACGGGACUUUUGUCAACGACUGCUGUGCUAUCAUACUGUGCCACCCUUGUGCCCUGGUCCAGGAGGCUAACGAGAUACAGUGCCCCGGGAGUCAGUUCAUGGCCAGGUCCUAGUGGGAGGGACCCCUUGGGACACGUGCUUGUGCUUGGGGGCAAUGUUUGUGUUUACUUUGUGAAAUAUGUAACCGAUGCAACGAGAAGAUGUUUACAAGGUGUAACAAGUGUGACAUUAAUGUAACCACGUUCCUGGCGCGUGACGCCGUUCAUGUCAUCAAGGUUUUCAAGCUCCACCAAAUGGACUAUCUACAAGAGUGGUGACCCUGUCAUUUGAUAUCACAUUUACAUUGCUGAAUAUGAAGCCAGUGAACAUUGAACAUUGAACAGUGAGCUUAGUGACUGUAACUCAUUGUGUCUAGACUUGUAAUCGAUGUGACGGCAUUGUGUGCAUUUAUGUUGUGCAAUCAAUUACCAUUGAAAAUGUCGGGUGUUAGUUUCCUGGUUCGGUCACAUGUUCUCCCUUCACAAUAAAUAGCAAUGUUACAUGUCAGCACGCGUCACUUGAUAGGGUGCGUGUCCUCCUACCAUGUUAUCACGACAAGGACACUUGUUGACUGAUCAUUAAAGGGAUUCAUUUUGAUGAA